GCUUCCGACCACUGAAUUGCAACGUCCAUCUUCACAAACAGCAAACAGUGGACAGCUCUACAACACCACGCAAUCAAGAGAGCCUUCUUGAGUGUUUGAGAUUUACCUUUGUCAAUCGUCCUCAUGAGUCACGAGUUCUAUAUUCGCCGUCUACCUAUAAGACUAGGUAUCUUGGAAUGCAGCCGCCCUGCCUCGUCCCAACGCGCGUGCUCCGUCCUCGUCUGUUUCUCAGGCUUUGUUGUUCUGAAGUGCGAGCUGGCUAGCAUGGAAAUCUGGUCCAGCUGCCGAUGGUAGAAGUGCAGAUCUACCAACCCACGUAGGUACUGGUGCAGCUUGCUGCAAUGCUGACAUGAUAUGGUGUAGCUGGUCAUCCAGCUCAUCCCUCAGGUGUCCCACUUGCGCCGGUUAUAACAAUCGAGAACGCUAUUCCAAGACUUAUUUUUAAGAACUCACAAAUACGAUCCCGUAGUAAGGCGAAUAUACAUUCUCUUUUCCAGUAUUCGUCUCCCUACUGGUACGUCGUCGUCGUCGUUCGUCGUGUCCAAGCAUCAGUGAUGCUUACUUCGCUACGUCAAUUAUGGAUGGACAGCCUGUGCAAAACGGCCCUAUACUGAUAGCCUACACAAUCGCCAUGAUCUCAAUGGCCAAAUUUAGGCUAGUCGGCCUGGUAUGUGUAUCGGUCUCACACGAGGGCUUGUGUAGAAUAGGUAUGAGUUCUGUUCUCGGCGACAACGGGCAUGCUGUCUGACGUGAGAUGAGCAAGGCAAACAAUCGAUUGAAUUGUCUUAAAAUCCCAGUGACUUACCAGUAUCGUUAUGGCUUUUUUAGUCUUAAGCUUCUCCUUACAGUUGGAUCUUUAUUUCUCCACUUUCGAAAGUCUAGUCACUUAUCAUGGGCGAUGCAAGAACUGAUGUUGCGGCCGUGGAAUCCGAUGUCCUCAGAAGCUUCCUUGCCAACAAUCCCAAAGUUGAAUUUAUACGCUUUCAAUGGGUAGACUACUCCGGGGUCGUCAUGGUUCGGGUCUUGACCAAGUCAUUCGUUCUUAGUCUUGAUCAGAAAGGCCAAAAGCUUAGCACCCCUAGUCCUAUCCUCACUGCAUGCCUUCUCGACGGAACUUUACUCAUCGAGGAAAUUCAGUCUGGUAUCGAUCAGAUGUGGCCGGAUUGGUCGAGCAUCAGGAUCAACUCUUACCAUCCUAACACGGCUUCAGUAAUGUGCUUUGUGGAAGAAGGAGAGCAAGAAGAAGGAAAGGCAUUCCGCAGAUGUCCCCGUAGCCGACUUAGCGAUAUAACACAGAUUGCGAAGGCAAAUCACGAUAUCGAUCUCCUCGUCGGUAUGGAACUUGAAUUCUUUGUCAUCGAGGAGCUCAAUGGGGUUUCUCAGCCUGUCAAGACAGUCCCCAACGUCUACUCGGCCUCCAGUUUGAGGAACAAAUACAUUCCCAUCAUCGAAGAGAUAGUAGAGGCUUUUCAGCAUGCUGGUAUCAAAGUCCGGCAAUUCCAUUCUGAAGGCGACUCAGGCUGCUAUGAGAUUUCCACAGAACCGCUUCCUCCGCUGCAGUCAGCAGACGCCAUGUACUUCUGUCACGAAACUAUCCGAGCUAUUUGUGCUCAACAUGGUUUGCGCGCCACUAUGUUUCCGAAACCGUUCGAGAAACACUCCAUUGUCGGAUCGCACUACCACAUAUCUAUCUCGCAGAAAGAGAGGGAGGACUCUUUCUUAGCUGGUAUGCUGGCGAGCUGGCGAGCAUUGACAGCUUUUUACCAGCCCAACUACGAUAGCAAUUCUCGUCUCCGGCCAGGUGAGCGCAUCACCUGGGGCGUAGAAAACAAAACCGCAUCGAUCAGGAAGAUUCGCUCCGGACACUGGGAGCUCAGAGGACCAGAUGCGACCGCCAACGUGUACUUAGCACUGAUGGCUAUUAUCACAGCUGGUCUGACAGCUGUUGAUAAUGGAAAGGAAUUGAAGAUGAAGAAUGCUACGAAAAUCAUGUUUGCGGCUCCUCUGGAUGACAAAGAGGCAGAAGAGAUGGGUGUUGUAGAUCGUCAGCCGAGAAGCUUGAAGGAGGCCAUUGAGAGUUUGAAUGCCGAUGAGGUUUUGAAGGAGGCGAUUGGACCAGAGGUUGUGGAGAAAUAUAUUAAUAUUAAAACAAAGGAGGAGGCGAAGAUGAGUCAGAUGGUUCCGUCGGAGAGGAGGACGCUCGGUAUGAGUCUUUUCUAGAUUAUGUUUUGGCUAUGUUGCUCCUAAGACGUGGUAAUGGAAUUGUCUGGAUAUAUGUCCUGUUUCAAUGAGUCUGCUUAGUGAGCACGCAAGCAAUGAGCAAUCCUAGUAUGGGGACUUCCCUCCAUCCUUUUGACACAAC